GCACUGAAUUUCUAAACACAAGAAAUUGCUUAGACAGUUGGUUUAGUAUCUGCAUAUAGGCAAUACUCUGUCCUGCAGUAGGCAUCAUGUCAACUGAAACUCCAGUCACACUGAAUAUCGAUCCUCGGGAUCUUCAAAUCCAAACUUUCACUGUAGAGAAGCUAUUGGAACCUCUCAUAAUCCAGGUUACUACACUUGUAAAUUGUCCCCAGAACCCUUCUAACAGGAAAAAGGGACGUUCAAAGAGAGCCAGAGUUCUUCUAGCUUCUGUGGAGGAAGCAACUUGGAAUUUACUAGACAAAGGAGAGAAAAUUGCCCAGGAAGCCACCGUGUUAAAGGAUGAGCUCACUGCGGCACUGGAGGAUGUGCGCAGAGAAAGUGGAGCUCUGAAAGUAUCAGCUGAGAGGUUUGCAGAUGACCCUUGUUAUCUUCCAAAAAGAGAGGCUGUGGUUCAAGCUGCCAGGGCCCUGUUGGCUGCAGUUACCAGACUCCUUAUCCUGGCAGACAUGAUUGAUGUCAUGUGUCUCUUGCAGCACGUGAAAGCUUUUCAAAGGACAUUUGAGUCUCUCAAAAAUGUCUCCAACAAAUCUGACCUCCAGAAAACCUACCAGAAGCUUGGCAAAGAACUGGAAAACCUGGAUUAUUUAGCCUUCAAACGUCAGCAGGACUUAAAAUCUCCAAAUCAGAGGGAUGAAAUCGCAGGAGCCCGGGCCUCACUGAAGGAAAACUCCCCUCUCUUGCAUUCAAUUUGUUCAGCUUGUUUGGAACAUUCUGAUGUUGCUUCUCUCAAAGCUAGCAAGGAUACAGUUUGUGAAGAAAUUCAGAAUGCCCUCAAUGUAAUUUCAAAUGCUUCACAAGGCAUCCAGAAUUUAGUCACCCCUCCAGAACCUCAGGCUGCAACCCUCGGAAGUGCCCUUGAUGAGCUUGAGAAUUUAAUUGUCUUGGAUCCGCUCACAGUGACAGAAGAGGAAAUAAGACCAUCACUAGAGAAACGUCUUGAAGCCAUUAUCAGUGGGGCCGCUCUGUUGGCUGAUUCUUCAUGCACAAGGGAUUUCCACCGAGAGAGGAUUAUUGCAGAAUGCAAUGCUAUUCGUCAGGCUCUCCAGGACCUGCUUUCAGAGUACAUGAGCAAUACUGGGAAAAAGGAAAGGAGCAAUACCCUGAAUAUUGCAAUAGACAACAUGUGCAAGAAGACAAGAGACCUUCGCAGACAGCUCCGCAAGGCUAUUAUCGAUCAUGUGUCAGACUCCUUUCUGGAUACCACAGUCCCACUUUUGGUUCUCAUUGAAGCUGCCAAGAAUGGUCGGGAAAAGGAAAUAAAAGAAUAUGCUGCGAUAUUUCGUGAGCACACCAGCAGGCUUGUUGAGGUGGCAAAUCUUGCUUGUUCCAUGUCAACAAAUGAAGAUGGGAUUAAAAUUGUCAAAACUGCUGCCAGUCACCUGGAAACCUUAUGUCCACAGAUUAUCAAUGCUGCGCUUGCUUUGGCUUCAAGACCCAAAAGUCAAGUGGUCAAAAAAACCAUGGAAAUGUACAAGCGCACAUGGGAGAAUCAUAUCCAUGUCCUCACUGAAGCUGUGGAUGACAUUACAAGCAUUGAUGACUUCCUUGCUGUAUCUGAAAGCCAUAUCCUAGAAGAUGUCAACAAAUGUAUCAUUGCCUUGAGAGACCAGGAUGCUGAUAACUUAGACCGUGCUGCAGGCGCCAUCCGAGGCCGAGCCGCAAGAGUCGCUCACAUUGUCACAGGUGAAAUGGACAGUUACGAACCUGGCGCUUACACUGAAGGUGUAAUGAGAAAUGUUAACUUCCUUACAAUUACUGCAAUUCCUGAAUUUGUAACACAAGUGAAUGUUGCAUUGGAAGCUUUAAGUAAAAACUCCUUAAGUGUGUUUGAUGACAAUCAAUUUGUGGACAUCUCAAAGAAGAUCUAUGAUACAAUUCAUGAUAUCAGAUGUUCAGUCAUGAUGAUUCGGACCCCAGAGGAACUGGAGGAUGUUUCUGACCUGGAAGAGGAUCAUGAGGUCCGCAGUCACACCAGCAUUCAGACAGAAGGGAAAACUGACCGGGCUAAGAUGACUCAGUUGCCUGAAGCAGAAAAGGAAAAGAUUGCUGAGCAAGUCGCUGAUUUCAAGAAAGUGAAGAGCAAACUGGAUGCUGAGAUAGAGAUAUGGGAUGAUACAAGCAAUGAUAUCAUUGUUUUGGCGAAGAAGAUGUGCAUGAUAAUGAUGGAGAUGACCGACUUCACAAGGGGCAAAGGGCCACUGAAGCACACAACUGAUGUGAUUUAUGCUGCUAAAAUGAUAUCAGAAUCGGGAUCAAGGAUGGAUGUUCUCGCUCGUCAGAUUGCAAACCAGUGUCCAGAUCCAUCAUGCAAGCAAGAUUUAUUGGCCUACCUGGAACAGAUUAAGUUCUACUCUCACCAACUGAAAAUCUGCAGUCAAGUGAAAGCUGAGAUCCAGAACCUGGGAGGAGAGCUCAUCAUGUCAGCUUUGGACAGUGUCACCUCCCUGAUCCAAGCAGCCAAAAAUUUAAUGAAUGCUGUAGUGCAAACAGUGAAAAUGUCUUACAUUGCCUCAACGAAGAUCAUCCGAAUUCAGAGUCCCACUGGGCCCCGGCAUCCAGUUGUGAUGUGGCGAAUGAAAGCUCCUGCAAAAAAGCCCUUGAUUAAGAGAGAGAAGCCAGAGGAAAAGUGUGCAGCUAUCAGACGAGGCUCAGCAAAGAAAAAAAUUCACCCUGUGCAAGUCAUGAGUGAAUUUAGAGGAAGACAUGUUUACUGACACCAAUAGUCUAUUCUACUGCCUGUAUUACAAAGUCUUGGCUAAACACACUGCUUGAUUUCUGCAUUUAAUUACUUUGUAAGAUCACUAACUUUUGUAGUUUCACUCACAAGUAACAGGAAAUAUUAGCAAACUUUAUUCAUAUGAACAAUAUGUAUUUAGGAUCACAGCAUUGUGAUUGCCAAAUGACCAGCAACUAAUAAGUAACCAGUAGGUGCUUGCUGAAUGAAUGCAUGUUUCUGGUGUCCUGCAGCCAUUUCCAACACAGAAUAUUUUAUAUUCAUGCCUGCAAUGCUCAUUUCAGGAAA